AUGGGAUCGCAACAAUCCACGACCUUGCGCAAAUUGAGUGCCGAAGGACCAUGGAAUAGUUCGCAUCCAUUGCCAAAGCCAUGGAGCCAAAAGACCAUACCAAGUUUUACGGCGAAGACUCUUAAGGCUAUUGUAGGCGUCACCAGUUUUUCUUUCGUCACGAUGCUAGUCAUGGCAGUCUACCUUCGCUUCUCCGACACUCGCAGAGGCGCCAUCUUGAAAUGGCGGGCGCUGAAGACUCCAGUUACGACGCAAUCGCAAAUGCUCAUCCUCAUCUGUCAUUUGGUCUUUGCUCAGAUACUUCAACUGAUUGGCUAUUUGAUGUCUGCCAUACAUCUUGCCAAAGGGCGAAUCAUCUCACCGAGCUUGACUUGUGAGGCACAAGGGACGAUCAUCUUCAUUUCCCAUAUCCUCACAAACUUCUCGAUUGCAAACAUUGCAACGCACUCGGCAUACUGCAUAUCGAGACUGAGACCAAUGGCCCUAAAAUGCUUCGUUCUUCUCAAUGUCGUCACUUGGAUUCUGACCCUUUCCAUCAGUUUGGUCUUCCCACAUAUCUACAACGCCCGCAAUGAUGUGCCUUUCUUCACUUUCGGCAGCAUAGCCUGCUUUGUCAGCAAUCUAUGGCGGAUGGAAAAGAUUCUCGCAGUUUACGUCCCGUGUCUGGUGCUUCUUGGCAUUACUGUCGUUCUAUAUCCAUUCAUCAGUUACCGCCUCGUACGCCACUCUGGACGUCUCGGUCGUGCAGGAUUUCGGACUCACGCAGUAACUCGCACAGAAAAGGAGAUCCUCCGUGCAUCAAAGCGCGUCCUUAUGAUCCCAUUGGCAACAAUCAUCAUCACGCUACCGUUUCUGACAUUGUCCAUCAUGGGCUUUCAAGAUUCAAAAGUGCUGAAGCAACACUCAUGGACAAUCAUGCUGGUUGGCAUGUGCAUUGCCAUUGCUCCACUCGUCGCCUGCAUCUUCUUCUUCUUUAUGACCUCAUUCUUCAGAUCAUCUUCAUCAGUAGACACUACUGAAAUGUCCGAGCUUGCAGACAGUGAGGCAGGUGUUGUCGACUUACCCCUUCCCAUGGAUGGAGAUACCGUCAAGACCUACAUAAGUAGUCCAGCUGUCAAGGACAAUUCAAUCUACUACUCAUUUGAGACAAACUUCUCAGAAGGUGAAAUCAAGACGGUUGACGUGCAACCAGGCUUUGUCCUUCCUGGACGUUCCUCAAUGUAA